UCCUGUAACAUUUCCAUUCCCUUGUGCAUGACUCUGAAGCACCCGCGUCCACCAACCCAAUAGAUGACAGUAGUGCGCAAUCAUUCCGCCAAUUACCUCUCCCUAGACACACGAAGAAAUCAGAGCUGCUGUGCUCACAGUGACCAAUCUCCGUGGCCCAUCCUCUGCAGCUCUGCGACAGCAUGGCGGCGGUGGAGACUCGGGAAUGUGAGACAGAAGGCUGCAAUAGCGAGGCUAAACUUCAGUGCCCAACAUGCAUUAAACUUGGAAUCCAAGGAUCAUACUUCUGUUCGCAGGAAUGCUUCAAAGGUAGUUGGUCCACUCAUAAGCUGCUCCACAAAAAAACAAAUGUUGUGAAGAAUUGUGUGGAGGACGACACCAAUACCGACCCAUGGCCAGGCUACCGGUACACGGGCAAGCUCCGCCCCUUCUACCCACUGACUCCCAAACGACCUGUUCCUGGGAAUAUUCUAAGGCCUGACUAUGCUGAUCAUCCCAUGGCUGACACGGAGCCAGCGGAGGUUGGGCUUUUGGCAGGCAUGUCUGAGUCAGAGCAGUCUAUGAAAGGAACAUCCCAGAUUAAGACCCUGCCGGACGACGAGAUUGAGAGCAUGCGAACCGUGUGCAAGUUAGCAAGGGAAGUGUUGGACAUCGCUGCCAUUAUGGUCAAACCAGGGGUCACAACAGAGGAGAUCGACGAAGCUGUCCACUUGGCCUGCACUGAACGCAACUGUUACCCAUCUCCCCUGAACUACUACAACUUCCCCAAGUCCUGCUGCACCUCCGUCAAUGAGGUCAUCUGCCAUGGCAUCCCAGAUCGCAGGGAACUGCAGGAGGGCGACAUACUUAACGUGGAUAUCACGGUCUUUUACAACGGUUACCAUGGAGACCUGAAUGAAACCUUUUUCGUGGGUGAGGUAGAAGAGGGAGUCAAGCGGCUGGUGCAGACCACCUAUGAGUGCCUCAUGCAGGCCAUUGACGCAGUGAAACCAGGUGUUCGCUACAGGGAGCUGGGAAACAUCAUCCAGAAGCACGCACAGGCAAGCGGCUUCUCUGUGGUCAGGAGCUACUGUGGCCAUGGCAUUCACAAGCUAUUUCACACGGCACCCAACGUACCACACUACGCCAAAAAUAAGGCAGUGGGUGUGAUGAAGCCAGGCCACGUCUUCACCAUUGAACCCAUGAUCUGUGAAGGGGGCUGGCAGGAUGAGACCUGGCCAGACGGCUGGACCGCAGUGACUCGAGACGGGAAGCGCUCGGCUCAGUUCGAACACACACUCCUGGUGACCGAGACCGGUUGCGACAUCCUCACGCGUCGCCUCGAAGACAACGGCCGGGCUCACUUCCUGUCUUUCAUGUAAACGGGUCGGAUCUGACCAGGCCCCACCCCUUCGCCCAGCCUCCAGCCGCCAUUGGUCUGGAGGGCUGGCUCUGAUCCGGAGGAAAGGGAUUGGGAUGAAUAUGAGCUGGAGACGGAGAAGCUGAGAUUAUUGCUGAAUGUGUCACCUGGCGGCCCUGUGACUUGAGUGUUAAAUUCUUGCGGCACGUCUGAUUGGAUGCGCUGGUGCCCCCACCCCCAAAACCACAGAACGAGCAGAAUGUGCUCGACCCCUCUGCUGCGCCAUGCCGUGCACCUCCACCCAGUCUGCUCCGGGCAGUAAUGAACCUGUAGCCUCCAGUCAUUAUCAACCACUGCAUAGAAAUCCAUGAAACAUUGGCUGUAUCAAAUAUACAUAGAGAUGACACAGUGCUGGGCUUCUGUCAUGCACUGCUAUGUCAGCGCUCCCCUCACACGCCCCAGGUACAUUAAUGCCCACAGCAGACUGGGUCAGAUUAAAUGUGUGUCUGUGUCUACAUGCACAGUUGUUUUUGUGUGUCUGUGUGUCUGUGUCUGUGUGUGUGUGUGUGUGUGUGUGUGUGUAUGUAUGUGAGGGACGGUUUGAGUAUCUGCGAGCAAUCAGUGCCUGACUGUGUGCAUGUGUGUGUGAAUGAGUGACACAUUAUGUCGGGAUAUUACUGUGAGCAUUUACUGGCCUGUACUGUAUAUGGUGUGUGUUUUUUAGUGUGUGUUUGUGUGUGCAAGGAGUGGUUAGAAGUUAAAACUUUUUUAACACUUUAUGUGGUUUCUCUAUUCUCUGUCAGUUCUCUGUUUCUUAAAUGGUCUGAUUUAAUUCCAAAGAUCACUGGUCCUGUUUUAUUCUAGAGUGCCUGCAUUCACUGCAUUCAACAUGGACAAUCCUCACCACCCCCGCCAUUCACAGUCACAGAAAACUACACUCGCCACCCAUCACCACUUCUUUUUUAUGCACUUGCGCAAGCAAAGCAGAGCGGUUCCUGAGAGUACAGCCUUGUUCCUUACAUGUACUUGUUUUCCUGGCAAGCAAAACUCCAAUUGCUUUGGACUUGAAGUGUGUUUUUAGGGGUCGGAGGUGUGUGCGCGUGCUUGUGUGUGGACAGAGGGGGAAGAAGAGGGAACUGAAAAGGAGUGUGUUGAUGUUCAGAAUACAUAUCUUGAAAAAUGUGACCCUGUAAUAUGUUUUGUUCUACAUAUUAAUUUCCUGUGUGACUUGUUACACAAUAAGGUGAUUUAUGUGAACACACUCAGACGUAUGAACCGUACAUUUGUGUUGGUUUCAGAGAGGGGCUGUAGGUAGCACUAAGGCCUGUGCCAUGCUGUUGUUGGCUUUCAGCCCUGAAAGUGACACAGUAUCACUUGGGUUGGUAUGUUACUGUGGUAACAAGCAAGCAUGGCACAAUUGAAAAAGUACUCGGUGCUAUGAUUUGGAAAGGUAAAAUAAUUAAAUUCAUUUCAGUAUUCUUUGUCAAGCUGAAUUAAACUGUUCAUCCUUGUGAAA